GCCGCUAACGCGAUAAAAUCUGUUGCCAAGAAAGCAGGGAACGCAGUGAAGUCCGUUGCUCAAAAAGCGGGGAACGCGGUCAAAUCUGUUGCUCAAAAGGCUGGUAACGCGGUCAAAACUGUCGCCAAGAAAGCAGGGAACGCGGUCAAAAGUGUUGCCCAAAAGGCGACGAACACCGUCAAGAAAGCGGGGAACGCGGUCAAAUCCGUCGCCCAAAAAGCUGGCAAUGCAGUCAAGAAAGUUGCCCAGAAAGUUACUAAGGGCGCCAAGAAAAAAGCCGGGAAUGCGAUCAAAUCUGGCUUUCAGAAAGCUGGGAAUGCGAUCAAAUCUGUUGCUCAAAAAGCAGGGAACGCUGUCAAGUCUGUUGCUCAGAAAGCGGGGAACGCUGUCAAAUCUGUUGCCCAGAAAGUCGGCAAUGGCUUCAAGAAAGUGGGGAACGCUGUCAAAUCUGUUGCCCAGAAAGUCGGCAAUGGCUUCAAGAAAGUAGGCAACGCUAUCAAAGCAGGCGCUCAGAAAGUGAAGAGCGGGUUCCAGGUAAAUGGAAAAAAGAACUUGUGCAGAUGA